UUGACUGAGCAUGAAAUGUGAGAAAAGAAAGAGAGUUCCUACGAAUCUACUGUUAUCAAAAGUGUAAAUUGUAAAAAGUGAUGAAGUGAAAUUCAUAUCAAUUAAAUUGCUGAUAAUUUAAUUUUUAUUAAAUAGAAUUACAAUAAAUAAUUUUUGUUUAUUAAAUUAACAAAAACUAUUCACCUUCUUCUAAUCUUUCAUUUAUUAAUUAAUUUAUCCAAUUUUUUAAUCAUUAACAAAUAAUAAUUAAUUUUUUCUAUUAAUUUACCUAUUAAUUAGAAUUUUUCAAAUUUUAUUAAUUUAAAAAAUAUAUUUUUAAACAUUCUGUCAGUGCAUCUUCAGUUAAUUAUGACAAAUUGCUUUUUAGAGUAACGAUAAUAAUACUUAAAAAAAAAUGAUUUUUUUUUCUUUUUAAAUUAUUUAAUCUCAUUAUCAGAUAACAAAGUUUGUUAACAAAUGAUAAGAUCAAAUGUAAUAUAAUUGAGUCAUUCUUAACAAAUUAUCAGAUAUGUCGACUGCAAUUUUAUUAAGUGCAUUUUUAAAUUUCCAUUGUCAUUUGUUAUCGAUUAAUAACAAUUUUAUUUUAAAAUCUGUGUAAAGUGGUUUACGCACAACGGAAAAUAUAAAAUUAUAAUGAAAAAGUGAAAUAACAACAAAUAUCCAAAUGGCAUCGAAAUUAAAGUCAAUUUUCAAAAAACAAAUAAGUGAAGAGAAUAAAAGUCAAACGAAAAAUAGUUUUUCAGAAACAAUAAAAAAUAAUCAAAAAGUAUCAUUUCUCAGUGGAGAUUUAAUUAUUCCACAAAAUUCAACAUCAUCGGAAUCAUCAAUUAUUUUACGAAAAAAACAUGGUAGAAGUAGACGAAACAGAACAUCAUUAGGUGCAAUAGAAGAAAUUUUAAGAUGUGCAAUUUGCAAUGAACGUUUCAAAAUGCCUAAAAUGUUACCCUGUCAACAUACAUUUUGUUUAUCAUGUUUGCAGCAACAAUUAACAAAAAAAACAUCUUUCAAAUGUUCAACAUGUUUUCUAAUAAUCAAAGAAUGUUCACCGGAAAAUUUGCCGACAAAUUUGUACAUUGAAAAUAUGUUACAAAUUAUUGGUAAUAAUGAGGAAUCAUCCGAGAAAAUAGUACCAAAAAGUAUUGUUGUUAAUUUAUCAACAGAAGAAAUCAAAUGUUUUAAAUGCAGAAUUAUUUGUAACAAUGAAGAGCAAUGCAAACAUUGCAGACAGAUAUUUUGCAACACUUGUUGGCUUCAACAUGUCAAUGAUUUAAAAGACGAAUUAGAUGUUAUUGUCGAGCAAUUAGAUAAUACAAAUUGCAAAAUAAAUUCUAAAAUAAAUGAACUUCGGACAAAAGUCAACGGUGUUAAGGAAAAUUUCAACAGGGAAAUCGAAGCAAAAAUCCUGGAAUUAGACAAAUUACGAAAAGAACGAAUUCAAAAAGCAAAUGACAUUUUUGCUAAAGAUGAAAAAUCGGCUGAGGAAAUAAAGCAAAAAAUUUGCAAUGCCCAAGUUGAAGUUAUAGAGACAAAGGCUGAAGUCUGUAAUUCUGCACCAAAUAAUCAGGAAAAAGUAAAAUUAUUUCUAGAACUACAUCGAAAAAUGACUGAAUUAAUGUCAGCUGUAUCAAUUUGGGAAGCAAAUUUAACAUCAAUGGAAAUUAUUUCAACUUCAAAAAAUCAUCGAUCAGAAAUAUCGAAACAUCAACAAAUCCCUAAUUUGCACUACAAAAACAAGUCAUUUAUACCUCAAUUAAUUUAUGAACACAAAACAAUACAGCGACCGUCGGGACUUGCUUUUGAUUCCAUGAGGAAUGAUCUAUUUGUCGCUUGUCCAGGAAUUAAGCCAAAAAUUAUUAUUUUAGACAAAAAAUUCAAAUUUAUCAAAAGCUUUUAUCAUGUUGAUAUGAUAGCUCCUCAAAGAGUUGCAUAUCACGAGGAAACUGAGCAAAUUUUCGUCACAGACAAAUGGAGACACUGUAUUUUUGUGUUUCACCGUCAUGGUGAUUAUUUAAGAAAAAUGUGCAGUAAAGGAAGAGAAAAAGGACAAUUACAAAGUCCGGAAGGAAUUUCAAUUCAUCCAAAUGAACAAUUAAUUUAUAUAGCUGACACGGGAAAUGAUAGAAUUGUAAUUCUCAAUUUUGAAGGAACAUAUCAUGGAAGUAUUGGUUCGACAAAAAAUUCAGCAGCCGCAAUUAACACAUCAGGAAAAACAAUAAGCAUUUCUGUAAAUCAUUUAAAUCAACCGGCAGACGUUGCCGUUUCAAUAGCAGAAAUAGUCGUAGCUGACAGUGGAAAUCACAAAAUUAAGAUUUUCAAUCACAAAGGCCAACUUGUCCACUAUAUUGGAGGAUCGGGUAUUCUGAGAGGUCUUUUUAGAACACCAGAAGUUGUACAACUUGACAAUAGAAGCAACAUUUUGGUAGGAGAUUCAGGAAAUUCACGAGUUCAAAUUUUUUCACGUCAAGGUGAAUUAUUAAAAAUGUUCGGCGCAAAAGGAACAAAAUCCGGACAAUUUGGCUGGAUAUCUGGUUUAGUUAUAAAAGCAAAUUUAGAUAUUAUAAUAGCGGACAACAAAAAUAACAACCUUCAAUUGUUUUAACGAAAAAUCAAUAUAAUCUCAUACGUAACAAUCAAAAUAAUUUCUAAUUACGUAAACACGUUUAUGUAAGAACUAAAUUCAAUUCUUGUACUUAUAACCAACAAAAAAUAAAAAACAUUUUCGUUCUCCUCUUUUCAAAUAUAGUUAACAAUCGAAAAAAAUCUCUUUAAAAAUUCAAAUGGACCAAAAAAAAAAAAAAAAUGAUGUUUGUUUUUCCCAACCGCAAAUCUAGCCGAAUAUCAAACAGAUUUUCGGUAAACCAUGUCCAACCACUCGUGUAACCUUGUGAGCAUAUUUGACCAAUAAAUAAUUUAGCAAACAAAUUGAUCCCUGAGGACUAUAAACAGAUACUUAAAGGCACGCGUACGGGACGUAUCGUCCGACGGAACAAAAAUAGUCCACGCGGCUAAUAAUGAUUUUCAUUUAACAAUUGAGAAAAUCAGGCCAAUAUUAAAUCGUUGAUUGUAAAAAGACCCCUACUGUGAGAACCUAAAGGGGGCCCCCGGCGUGAAAUCUCUAUUAUAUAGGGGUUGGUUCAGGGUACCCCUCUUGUUAUAGCGCCCAAAAACUGGUGCUGACAGGAGGUCCGCCUUAUUUAGAAAAACCCUCUCCGAAAUAAUGUAAUCGCGAAUUAAAUGUUUGCACGGAAAUCGAGUAUAUCACAAGAAAGCAUCUAAAGUCGAGGAUCCCAUCGAAAGGAUUUAAUUAACUAGAAUCAUUGUCAAAAUACAGGUUACCGAAUCCCUUGAUUAGAAUAAUUUUCUUUUGUUUAUAUAAAUUCAGUUUCAAGAAAAUAAAAUUGAAUAUUUUUUAAGAGCAAA